AUGUCAAUCGCUGCGGAAGCGACCCGUUCAGGGGUGAUGGGGCACGACACAGUUUCGUCCGAUCACCACGCUGCGGAUGAUGGUCAUGGUGGCCCCUCGAUACUCAGGCGAAUGCAGGACAGGCGGACGCCGCUAAAGUUGAGCGAGCGUAUCUGGUGAGUGUCGUCUUCAUUCAUACAGGAGAUCUACAUUGCAAGUGUCCGCUCACGGCAAAUGUUUUCUGGACGUCCCCAACGUUACAGGGUCGCUGGGACAUUGUCUUUGAUAUUCUUUCUGGUGCUAAGCGUCCAGUACAUCGUGGUCAUUUACUACAAGGCGACGCCUGCCAUGGGUCUGGCAGAUCUAGCCCUCGUGCUCGGCCCCUUCAACGCGCUUGCAGGAUUCCUCCUUUACAAUUACUUCCUGGCGGCUCUGAGCUCACCGGGCAGGGUGCCAAACGGAUGGGUCCCAUCGAUUCCCUCGGGGCCAGGCGUUCCCGACGAAGGCACCGCAGCCGCUUCAGAAUUCGUAGAGGUGAAGAAGAGCGGAGCACCGCGGUGGUGCAAAGUGUGCAGGGCUCCAAAGCCGCCUCGAGCACACCACUGCCGACAGUGUCAAAGGUGCACCCUGAGAAUGGAUCACCACUGUCCUUGGAUCGCAAAUUGCGUCGGCCACAGAAAUUACGCUGCAUUCAUCCGCUUCUUGGCCGCAGUGGAUGUCACAUGCGCUUAUCACUUGCUCAUGCUAUCAGCACGAGUAGCUGAUGCCUGGGGCGGUGGAAACAUGUAUGUCAGUAAUCCUUGUGAAGUGCUGUGCGUGCUCCUAUCCGCUCAGCCUAGCCUACUGACCAUGGCUGCCUUCUUGCUGACUACAGCGCUCGCCAACGACGCCGAUCAUGCUGCUGAUGGUAUUAAAUUAUGCUCUCUGCGUGCCCGUUCUGCUCCUCGUAGGCAUGUUCAGCAUGUACCACUUCUACUGCGCCGCCAACAACUCCACUACCAUUGAAGGGUGGGAAAAGGACAGAGUAGCGACUAUGGUUCGACGAGGACGCGUCCGAGAAGUGAGUCAUGUGGCGUUAAAGAUUCCCAGGGGGCAAAAGAGUUCAAAUUUGACUCUUCACCUCCCUCUGAAAUCACUCAGAUCCAAUAUCCUUAUGAUUUAGGCCUAGUACGAAACCUACAAGCGUCACUCGGCAGCAAUCCCUUGCUUUGGUGCUGGCCACAGCCAACACCAGGCGAUGGCUUGCAUUAUCCCUUGCGCGACGGGGCGGGUGAGUCAAGCGGGAUCGAAUGUGGAGCGGAGGAACAAGAGGAAGGCUGGCCCUGGAACCCGCGUUAUGCAGAGGUGAUGCGGAAGUGGGCGCGGGAAGCUCGAGCACCAGCCUCGGGUACGAACGUGGAAGACGCCGAAUGGGGUGAUCACUGGUCAGACGCGCGUCAAACAUCCAGAGGUCGCCCCAACGACGGCAGCGCGUGGGAUGCCCUGCUACGAUUGCAGAGCCGUGAGCCAGCGAGCUCCGAUGAGACGCAGCCCUUGGUGUGAAAGCCCACCUAGCGUGUGUGGGGGGCGAUGCGUACUCUUUCACUGCGUGCCCGUCCGCCGCGCCUGCUGAAGACGGACACGCGGUGAGUAGCGCAGGGGUCACCGACUCAGCGGGCAGCUUCAGAACCCAGUGUAAUCUUGAGCAGGCGAAGCGCUGACCGAAUCUUUUUCCCGCCUUAAUCCUGCGACCAGAUCCAAAAGACGCCUACAGGUGGCCGCCCAAAGAUCCGAACAGGCGGAAACGUCUUCACGCCCACGACCCUGGCACUGCCUUCAAACUACCCGAAAGUGGACCUUUUACUUACGGAAACGGCUUUAAUCCAAAGCUUCAGCCAAGCAACGGUCUCAGACGGCGGAUACAGGAGACAGAGGGGGCCGGCAAGGCUUCGGAAGACCAAGCACAACAUGCAACAGGUGUCGACGCGCUACAGCGCAGCGCUCUGCCGCCUUACCACCCAGACUAUGAGCCACCUGGCCUAUCGGAAGAGGUCGAAUACAUCAACACCGAUGCUGAGGCCGCAGGUAUGACAGAAGCAGGUUGUCUACCGAGUGGCGCGGAGCAUGGAUCUCGACGGAAGGAAACAUUCCCGCAGAUGUGGGCAGACGACGACGAAUCAGCAGAAAGUGUCACAGAGUCGGGAUCGGAGUACAGCCAGGAAGUUGACAUGUUCUCUCGCUCUCGAGUACGUCGGGGUAGCGAAGGAUACGAGGUCAGACCGAAGCGAUUCGACCUUACCUUUUCACACGAUGCCACUUGGCAAGUAGGCAUGGAUGGAGGUGGUGUAGGCUAUGCAUCGGAUGAAGAGGGCGAAUACAGCGAUUACGGGUCGCAUGGCGCCCAAGAGCUGCGCGGAUCGGGCGGACGAGCGACGGGACGAGCGUCUUCGCUUGCCAUGGGGAGCGACGAUGGACGAGUGAGCGAUUUUGAUGACGAUGAGGAGGGCGACUGGUCGGAGAGAGACGCCAGAGAAGAACAGCUGCGCAAACAGCUGCACGAAGAGAGGCGCAACAAAGAUUGGCAACCCGCCUACGACCCGCCAGAGAAUUGGAGUCCAACCACGACUACCAGCAAAGAGGCGAACGGCAGUGCGCUUGCCAACAGCACGACGGUAGAUACCGCCACCGCUGAUUCUGUCCAAGCGCCGGAUUCAAGACCAUUAUUGCCAUCAGAGAUCAUGAGGAGGCGGGUGGAAUGGCAUGCUCACAUGGCUGCUCUAGCUGCCUCGGAGGAUGAAAGUGCCACAAGUACUGGUCCCAUCGCUUGA